UCGAAUUCAGGGGGCAAGCCUCAAUAGUAAAAGCCCAGAGAAUCAAUGUGGUUGGUCGCAGAAAAUGUCCCUCUCUCACUCUCCGUUACAAACCACCCCAAACCCCAUCUGAGAAUUCACUCAGAAACACAAAGCAAAAUUAUGAAGAAAACUGCAAAAAUUCAUGAAGAAAAAGAAGAAGAAGAAAAAGGCAGAGGCGUAUGGGACUGCGGCAGCCCUCUAUAUGAUUCAUAUGAACUGGUUACUGUCAGCAGUAUCAUCGAAAGAAAUCUCAUGAAACUGCCUUCUUUCGGAAGAUCAAAGAGGGUGGCCGCAGCCGCCGCCUACGCCACCACCCAGGCCUCUCAGCCCCUGCCGAUUGUGAUCUCUGCAUCCAACCGAUGCCGGUGGACCGGAAAAUCAAACAAGCUUUCAAUCUCUUCUUCCAUGGCAGGGUUGGUGGGGAAGAAGAAAAAGAAGGAAACGACCAAGACGUGUGAGAAUAAGUUCUAUGGCUUUUGUAGCAAGAUUGGUUUGUUGAAGAAAUUAAGGAGCCAAUCCCAAUGAACAAAUGAUCUAAUUCAGUGUUUUUGGAUCUUCAUCUUUUCUUUGUUUUUGUGGGUGUUUUAUUUUUUUAUUUUUUUUCCCUCAAUUUGGUAAUGCAUCAACCUUAUUUUUUCAUAACGUAAUGAUGGAUAUUUAGCAGUUUUUGGAUGA